UUGUGUAAUUACUAUAAUAAAACGUACAUAUUACUGUUAAAAUUUUGUGCAAUAAAGUAAUAAAUAAUUCAAUAAUAAUCAUGGAGGAGGAUGAUACAGACAUGAUUCCUUCAGAAGAAAUACUUCGGGGGAACUUGAAAUCUAAGAAAAGAGCAACCACAUUUGGCGAGCCUAAAUGCAAAAUCUGUAAAAAGAUAUUUAAAGAAAGAGGUUCAUUAACAAAACAUAUGCAGCUACACAACACGUCGAAACCGUUUACAUGCGAUAUAUGUAGUUAUUCAUGCAAGACGCGGCAGUACCUCUUGAGGCACGUGCAACGAGCCCACGGCGACCCCAGCUCGUGUGAGUGUAGCGUGUGCGGGAAGAUGUUCCACUAUCAGUCGAAUUUGGCCUGUCACAUGAGAGUGCAUACAGGUGAGAAGCCGUACAAAUGUGAUGACUGCGGCAAGACAUUUAGUGCUAAAUAUACAUUGGACACACACAAGUUGAUACACAGCAACGAGAAGCCAUACAAGUGUUCGUACUGCGAGUACGCCUGCCGCGACACCUCCACGCUGCGGAGACACCACGACCGGCACACGGGCCGCCUCAAAAUGUACACGUGCAGCCAUUGCUCCAAACAAUACAACACAAAGUCUCUGCUGAAAGCACACGUCUCAGAGAAACAUCUGGACAUCGACUUGAGGAAGUACCCGUGCAAUUAUUGUGGGAAAAUGUUUAAAUUGAAGCCUAUUCUGAGGAAUCAUAUACGAGCAAUACACGAGAAGUCGACGGCGUGCAAAUGUGAUAUAUGCGGGAAGAAAUUAACAAAUAAAAACAAUAUGGCGGCGCACAUGGUCAGCCAUAAAGAAGAUAGACCGUACAAAUGUACGUUCAACGGGUGCAGGAAACGAUUCAAAGACAAAUGGGCAUUAAAACGGCACUUGGUAAUCCAUAUGCCCGAAAAGCAGCUGCCCUGUGACGUGUGCGGGAAACUGUUCACGCGGAGGACACGUCUCAACGCGCACAUACGUCAGCACGCAAAGAUGAAGAGCUACAUGUGCGAUUAUUGUGGAGUUUGUUUCUUCAGUAAGAUUGUGCUAGGCAAACAUAUACAUAGACAUAUGUACGGAGCUCGGGCACGUGGCGGCGUCGCAACACCGAGACAGAAAGGAAUGAAGAUGCGUUUAAGACAGCGCGGAGUGAAACUUAUUGGAUACGAUGCGAUGGUUGAUGUACCACCGAUGGUCCACAUCAAAGAGGAGCCUGAGGACCACGACGAGCUGGUACCGGACGCGGAGAUUGAUCUGCUGGAGAUAGAGAAACAUGAGGUGUUUGCAGAAUUGAAUCUCAAUUCGGAAUUGAAGCUGAACGACAGUAUAAGCCACUCAAACGCCAUACCAUCCAAGAAGACAGCUUUGAGCGUGGCACAGGGGAAGCAACCAGAGGACACAGAGCGAGUCAUAGACAAUUGUGAACAUAAAGAUGUCAGAGAUAGAAAAGAAAGAGACAAGAGAUCAGAUGUAAAAAAUAAUUCUGUAAAGAGGUUACUUAAUAAAAAGAACAGAAAGCUAAAAGUUACUAAAUCCAACAAGAUGGAUGAUGUGAAUACCGACAACAAAAAAAGGGUGAAUAAAAAUGGAAAAAUGUCUGAGAAGUCUAAACUAAGUGAUUCUAAUGAUAGAUCUAAGUAUAAUGAAAAUAACCAAAUCAUUGAAAAAGACAAUAUUACACCAGACGGUGACAGCAAUAUAGACAAUGCGUAUGAAACGGAAAGAGAUGGUAAUAUUGUUUCGGAAGAUAACAUGAAUAAGAGCAAUUUGCCUAAUAUAGAAAGGGAUGACGAUAUUGCAUCAGAGAGAGACGACAAUAGUGAUACAGAGGACGCAGAAAGAGACAACAAUAAAGAUGCAGAUACAGCAGAAAGAGACGACAUAAGUGAUGCAGAGGAAGCAGAAAGAGACAACAAUAAAGAUGCAGAGACAGCAGAAAGAGACAAUAGUGAAGCAGAGGAAGUUACAACCGAAAGAGAUAGCAAUAUUGCAUCAGAAAGAACUAAUAUGGAUGAAGAAGAGACGCCUGCAAGUGUGAGCGAGAUGAACAAUAUUAGAACAAAGCAAAAACAUGCGAAAAUAACGUUUAAUACGCAUCAGUGUUAUAUAUGUUUCAAGCUAUACGAAACGAAAGAGAAACUGCUCCGUCAUUGUACAAUACAUUUCGAUGUGUGCUCUGAAAUGACGCUCAAGAAAUGUCCUCUAUGCGAAUACGUAACCAAAGGCAACAUUCGACGACAUAUAAAACUGAUACACGACGUGAUCAUAGACAAGCUGCCGUUCGCUCGCAUCAACGACAAAAAAGUCAACGACAAAACGUCUAGAUAUUAUUACAAAAUAGACAAUGCGGUUGUGAACACGAUGGAGAUUAUACCGAGCGUUAAAAUUCUGAAUAAACAGGCCAGUGAAGAAAUUGAUAGACGGAAAAGGAAGGGGAGAGACAAAUGUGUGUCGAAAACGAAAUUGGUUAAGAAGGGAAGCGAAUGGAUGGUCCAAAGAGAGAAGAUCGAUGUAAACCAAUUUAUGCUACCCAAGUAUAGUGAGGAAGAGAUUAAAAGAAUGAAAAUAAAGGGUGAUAAUCAUUGCGAAAGAUUGAAAAGUAUGUAUCACAUAGCUAAAAAGAAUGAUAUAAAAAUGCUCUUCCCUUGCGACCAAUGCGAGAAAAUCUGUAGAACACUAAGUGCAUUAAAACUACACAAUAGAAGACACGAAAAAAAUCCUAAACCGUUCAAGCGCAAAGUAUGGAAGCAUAAACUAGCUAAUGAUGCGCAAAAACCGGAAAAUUCCAGUCAAAACGACGUUACAGUUGAAACAGAUAAAACGGUUAGCGAUAACCGAUUCGCGGAUCCGAAACCGGUGGUGAACAAUCAUAAAUGCGAUCCAAAACUAAUAGAUUUUUAUGAGAAGAAUAUCAAAGGAGGAGAUAUAGAGUUUUGGCAGUUUUUGAAAAUAUAUAACAAGAUUAGUAGAGAAAAUGUUGAUGAUUUCGAUACGCUGGAGUCGAGACCCGAGUUCGGUUUACAUCCAAUAUCUGAAUCGGAAGUUGGUAAUAAUAAAAAAGCAACAGUAGGUAAAUACGGUAGAAAUACGAAUCCAAUAGCCGCUGAAUCGGAAACUGCUAAUGAUAAAAAAACUACGGUAGAUAACAAAAAACAUAGUAGAAAUAAGACUAUAGAAAAUAAUAAUAUAAAUGAUAGAAAUAUGAAAAGUGCGGUAGUAGAAAAUAGGAAAUUUGGUAGAAAUACGAAGAGUAGGAUAGUAGAAAAUAGAAAUAGGAAAAUUGCAAUGAGUAAAAUAGAAAAUAGGAGAAGGUUAGCUAUAAAACAGAAACUAAGAGAAAAAUAUAAGUUAUGCCAAAAGUAAUUGACGGCCUCUGUGGACUAACGGUUAGCAGAUUGCUUCCGAUGGUCGCGGGUUCGAUUCCUCGCACGGUACAAACAUUUGUAUUCACGAGUAUGAUUGUUUGUAUUGAUCUGGGUGUUUUUUCAUUAUUAUGUACUAGCUGUUAUCCUCGAUAUAGUCCACGUGCAAUUUAACUUAUUUUACAAUAAUGAAAUAAAUAAAAUAACGUAAGUUACUACUUAUAACAUUAGCUAUUUACGAGUGAAUGUCCCAUUAAAAUCGGUCCAGCCGGUUCAGAGAUUAACAAGAACAAACAUUUUUUUUUAUGUAAGUACUAUAUACUUUUAUAUGCAUAUGCAGGAA